AUAAAGGCGGAGACAUGACGAGCCUGCUCUCCACGCGCACUUUCCGUUUCCUCCUCUCGUUGUUAAGUGUUUUCUUUUCUUUUUGACUUCGUUAUGAGUGCGAGCUGAGAUUACCGCAGCUCGCAUACUUUUUAAAACCAACCACGGAAGUGACUUGCUGGUUAUUCGUAGCUGUCAAAAACAAGGUGCUGGGGGGGGGGGGAGGAGGAGCGGGCAUUUACCGCAGCACUUUCGGUUCGAUGCACUUUUUUUAAACGGUCUUCGGAAGCGGUUCGGUGCUCCGCACUUGGUCCCAGGCAGUUUCAUGGAAACCGAGCCCCUGCUUGGUGGAGGUGUGAAGAGGGGUUCCUCAUCGUUCCGUUCCCGGCCCCAGGACGGCGCUGCCAGGCGCCUCUCUUACAGCGUGAACGGACAGAGCUGCUACAUCGAGCACGGUGAUGAUGAUGAUGAUGACCUCCACAUCCAGCAAGCGGUUGUGUUUAUUGAAGAUGCAAUUCACUAUCGGUCCAUCAACCACCGUGUGGAUUCCAGAUCGCUGCGUUUGUACCGGUGGUACUAUUCCAGGAUCUGUCAGUGGGGUCUUGGUUUGGUCAUCGCUAUUAUUCUCAGCCUGGCCUUCGUAGAAAAACCCUCCUCCCUGACCAUCACCUCCGACUUGCGUUAUAAGAAACCCCCGAUGGAGCCCCCCUGUGGGCUGACCGAGAGCAUCGAGAUCAUGUGCCUCCUUAUCUUUGCCGUCGACCUUACCGUGAAGAGCUAUCUGAUUGGCUGGGAGGAGUUCCGGAAGAAUAAGUGGCUGAUCGGAUACGUUGUGGUCACUGGAGCGUCGGUCAUCGAUUGGACUCUUUCAGUGAGCAUGUUAUGUACUGAGACUUUAAGGAUCAGAAGAAUAUUCCGGCCAUUCUUCCUCCUGCAGAACUCUUCGCUAAUGAAGAAAACCCUGAAAUGCAUCAAAAGAACACUACCAGAAAUCGCAAGUGUGAUCCUGCUCAUCACCCUCCACUUGUUCCUGUUUUCCAUGUUUGGGAUGCUGAUCUUUGCCAGAGGAGAGGAUGCAAGGGAGAAUGGAGAAUGGGCAUCGUAUUUCCGAAACCUGCGGCAGUCCAUAACGUCCUUACUGGUGCUGCUUACCACUGCAAAUAACCCAGAUGUGAUGAUACCGGCGUACUCCUUGAACAGGGGAUAUUCCAUCUUCUUCAUCCUCUUCACUGUGUUCGGAACCUACUUAUUAAUGAAUCUCCUCACUGCCAUAAUAUACAAUCAGUUCAGAGGAUACUUACUGAUGUCCAUCCAGGCUUCCAUCCUGAGGAGGCAGCUUGGUAUCAGGGCAGCUUUCGAGGUUAUGUGCUGUCGCGCCAUGGGAAGGACGCACACGGACGAGCACGUCGGGAGUGUGAAGGUGGAACAAGUGCUGAGGGUCAUGAGGGAGGUGCAGAUGAAGUCCUACUACAGACGGGCCAUCGUGGAGAAAGUUCAGCAGUUCUCCAACAGCGACAUCCAAAGGGACGACUUCCAGAAGCUGUUUGAUGAGCUGGAUAAGGACAGAAUCAAAGAGCAUCCUCCAAUGCCAGUGUACAACUCUUGCUUCCUUCAGAGGGUCCAGUCUGUGUUUACCCACUAUUCUGUCACUGUGAUUGGGAAUCUGGUGGCUCUGCUCAACAUAUUCUGCAUCUGCACAAUACUAGUGCUUGACUCCAAGAUAUCCAUCUCAAAGAGAGACAGCUACUACAUUGGGACAAUCAACUGUAUCUUCAUUACAUAUUAUCUCCUUGAAAUGGUGCUGAAAAUAUUUUCCUUUGGAUUGAAAGGAUACCUCUCUUAUAGAAAUAAUAUUUUUGACGGGUUGCUGACAAUUACUCUCCUGUUUCUCCAGAUUUCCAUAUUUGCCAUGCACCGAGUUCCAUCUGACAAUUCCUCCCCCGGGCCGGGAAUGAUGUCCCUGUUCGAGAUGGUGCGUCUGCUCAACCUGCUCAUCGUGUUCCGCUUCCUCAGGAUCAUCCCCGAGAUCAAGCUGAUGGCUCUGGUGGCCAGCACUUUGGUGGACCUAGUGAAGAACCUCAGGGCAUUUGCCGGGAUCUUAGUGGUGGUGUACUACGUGUUUGCGAUACUCGGUAUUUGGCUCUUUCAGGGAUCAAUCCCUGCACCUUCCAAUGUGAGCGCAAUCGUCAACGGCACCUCCAACAGCACGACUCGGUGCGGAACAUACGAGCAGCUCGGCUACUGGCCAAACAACUUUGAUGACUUUGCUGCUGCGCUGGUGCUUCUCCACAACAUCAUGGUGGUGAACAACUGGCAGGUCUUCAUGGAGGCCUUCACCGAAUACACCUCUGAGUGGUCUAAGAUCUACUUUGUGUCCUGGUGGCUUACAUCUUCAGUGAUGUGGGUCAACCUGUUUGUGGCCUUGAUACUGGAGAAUUUCAUCUACAGAUGGGACCGUAGCUGCAGCUGCACUGUUUCGGAUGUCGAGAGGAUUAAGUAUGAGACCACCAUGCAGCUCUUAUUCAGGAAAGACUUACAGGAGCCCACCGAGGAGGAGCUGGUCACCCAUCUGUACCAGCACCCCCACCUGCACCUGGCCAGGUGACCCCCGGGUGCGUCCACAUCACGGCUCCUGCUGGGGUCUCCCCACUCAGGCUGCCUUUUGCUGCUCUGUCCAACAGGAUAUCGAUAAACCAUCCAGUCUGAUCACACACCACUACUGAGCACCAGCUCUGCAGCACUGAAAUGGUUAAAGGGAAUAAAUCAUGAAAACAUAGAGUGACCUGCAGUGGAAUCCACCAAAUUACACAUGUGCAGUGAAGACCGUGUUAAAGUAACACGCAUUUACAGUAUUAUAUCAUUUUUAGUAUUAUACCCUAUUACUCCUGUUUGCUUAAUUUUUCGUGUGAUAGACAUUUUACGUAGAGAAUUUGAAGCGGUGCCGCUCAUUCAUAUUUGGUGGACGGCGCACUUUAUAUUCUGUCAGCUAAAUCAAUAUAAUUUAUUUUAAUCAUCCUUAGCUUGUCAGCUGGAACUGCAAUAUUGCACAAGGGCUCAAACGCUAAAAUGGGACAAAAUUUUCGGGCAGGUCAGGAUACGCUGCUGUCUUCGUCAGUAAAUCUUUUUUAUGAAAAGGGAUUUUUGACAAGAUUUUGGGGUUACGUAAAGGGAACAUUCUGUGUUACUGUACCACCAUAUUUUAUAUUGGAAUUUCAGUAUGUUCAUUGUCAGGACAAUGUGUGCAGCUUUUAAUCAGCACUGUGUGUGAUUGCUGUUUGAAAUUGUAUUUUCCAAAAAAACUGUUGGAAGCAAUUUUUUAAUGUCUUUUGAAGGAGUAAUAAUGCAAGCGUGCAUUUUUAUGACUAUGCAUUUCCACCAUGAAAGUGUGAAUUCGGGAGUGAGAAGUAUCAGACUUGCUGGGUGUUACGGAGGAUACUUGGUGUCCUUUCCAAUAUGGGUUUAGAGUCUGCUGGAGGAAAGCGAGGUUGUUGAGUGUUCCAAAGCUCAGCGCUCUCUAAGUGGCUGAAACAGAAGAGAGUGUUUUGUGGAUAGAGGCCAUGGGUGUGGUGAGGGCCGUUGGAGGCAAGAGAUGAGGGCGGUUGGAGGUGAGUGAUGAGGGCAGUUAGAGGCGAGUGAUGAUGGCGGUCGGAGGUCAACGAUGAGGGCGGUUGGAGGUGAACGAUGAUGGAAGUUGGACGUGAAUGAUGAGGGUGGUUGGAGGUGAAUGAUGAGGGCGGUUGUUGGCAAGAGAUGAGGGCACUUGGAGGCGAAUGAUGAUGGAGGUUGGAGGCGAAUUUUGAGGGCACUCGGAGGUGAGCAAUGUGGGCAGCUGGAUGCGAAUGAUGAUGGAGGUUGGAGGUGAGUGAUGAGGGUAGUUGGAGGCAAACGAUGAGGACGCUUGGACGCAAACGAUGACGGGGUUGGAGGUGAGCGAUGGCGGUUGGAGGCAGCAUGAGUGCAGUAAAGGGCAGUGGAUUAUUUGUUCCAGUUUUAGCAAAAAAGAAAAGACCCUAUGGAAUGAUGGAACUAGUGGAUGCCGGUUUCAUGCACAUGAUAGUGUGAAUCCCCCCAAAAGAGGGUGCCAUGAGAGACUCUGGGCAUGUUCUGGAACCAGAAGGGGGCAGCUUAGUCACUGGAUGCCUGAGCAAUAGACAGUGGGUCUGCCCUAGAGAGAGAGGAAAAUGUUCUGGUCCAGAACCAGUUGGGGGCAGAUCUGACACAAAGAGGCGUCGGUCUGAGGUGCUGCCCCAAAGGCAGAACGGGGGAAAGGGGACCAGGAGAUGCUGGAAAGCACUGGAGGCGGCGUGAGUAUAACGUAGAGCAACGCUGUCCAGCGGAGAAAAAAACUAAACCCACCAGUGCAGGAAAUUAGGAGAAAUAACCAAACGGGUCGAGGUGCCAGCGACUUCCCACGCCACUGGGGCGUACCUAAAACAAUACGGCUGAGGAACGCAGUACAGCACUAACAAAUUGGAGCAGGCGACCAGCAGUAAAUGAGAGAAAAACAUGGGGAAAGAGCGGAAUUUCAGGCGAGACGCUGGGCACGAUGGCAACAGCAGGGUCGGCGAGGGCAGGGGAAAUGGCACAGAAAGAAAAGCAGGUUAGGGGGAUCUCCCAGUAGUGAUUGCUGAGAGGGUGGUGUGGAGACAUGGUGAGCAUGGGCUGGGGAGAAUGGAAGGUAGGCAAAGCCCCCUCCCCCCCCCACACACACACCACACCAGUUUGUGGAAAACAGCACAGGUGGAGUGCAGAGGUUAGAAGGCGUUUGUGUACGGUGUGUGACUGACAGCUGGAGGUGGCCAGCUGCUUGGUCUAAUACUUCUCUCCUGAAAUGUCAUUUUUACAAAGUCCCAUUUUUUUUUGUGUGUUACAAUGUAUUUUAUUGUUAAAGGGGAAAAAAAAAAAAAAACUAGCAAUAUGAUCAAGAAGUGGGGUUAUGAUUUUCUUUGUUUGGCCAGUCAGUGCAGUGAUUUGGACCGCAAAACCAUAUCAAGCCUUAAACCUUAAAACUGGCUUUUUCUGUUCAGACGGGGAACUGCGUAUUUAAUUUUACAUUUAGUGAGAUCUACUGAUAAUGACAAAUUUGAAUAAGGUGGGUCUUUCCAGCGAGGUGCUGCACUUUACAGUUUACACUGUCCUCACCACAGGACCUCAAUAUUUCACAUCCUAAAAAAAGAUUUUAACUGGUAGUUUAAGUUUUAGGAUAAAACUGUUCUCACACGUUGAUGACAGCACCUGCUCGUUCGGUCAUUAUUUGAUUUAACAAUAAGAUCUCCCUUACAGUUGUAAACAGCGCUGUAGCUGGAUGGGUUUCGCACGGGGCAUUUGUGCACAAACUCAUGAAAAAAACCUUGCUUUUUGCUUUUUUUUUUUGUGUUUUAGUGAAAAUGUAAAUCUGAAAAUAAACUGUUGUUUGGAUCCGCAUAUGGAUUCGAAGGUAAUUUCAUCCCGAGUGUCACGGCAUUAUCAAUACCGCAGUCCGAGUAAUAACUACAGUAAAGGGGCCCAGCUGUACCCAACAGGGUUAUAUACACAAACCUGUUAGAACGCUGGGGGUAGACAUUUACAAUCAUGUUUACUCACAUAGCAGACACCUUUCUCCAAAGCGACAUACGAUUCAGAGUAAACGAGGGUGCAUUUCACAACCGGCAAAGAGCUUUAGAUGCAGACGCAGUUGUCCAGUACCUGUCCAGUCUUUUUUGCCACUACCCUUUACGUGAGGAGCUGCCUAUGGAAUUGAUCGGACGUGUUUCCUACUCCUCCCGUCCUGUUACAGCUAGACGUUACAUUUACGCCUGGGAGAACUUCACGUGAACCCCCCACAAGGUGUUGCAACCUGACGCAAGAAUGGCCUCGUCCCGUCGGACAUGUUCAUACACACAGUCAAAGUGCUGGGACGGGCUGACGAGCUGACGGCAGGGGUCACACU